CUUUAUCUUAGUUUUGAUCAUGAGCAGUUCAGGUGAAAAUCCCUAUCUUGCACACUUGUCAACAGAGCAACGACAAAAUGGAUCAAAUAGUGACGUCUUCAAAGGUAUGAUCCCAAGAAAGACCACAGCGGAUCAAGCUGAAGCUUUAGAAAACGGUACUGUCAAUCCUUUUACUGGACGAAACUUUACAGCAAAAUACCAAAAGAUCUUGGAAGGACGCCGCAAGUUACCAGUGCAUGCUCAACGUAGUGAAUUUUUGGAAAUGAUUCAUAACAAUCAAUUUGUGGUUUUGGUUGGUGAAACUGGAUCUGGAAAAACGACGCAGAUUCCUCAAUUUAUGGUAUACGAUGAACUUCCUCAUUUGCAAGGUAAACAGAUUGCUUGUACACAACCUCGUCGUGUGGCUGCCAUGUCUGUUGCUCAACGUGUAGCUGAUGAAAUGGAUGUCAAGCUUGGUCAAGAAGUCGGUUACAAUAUUCGUUUUGAAGAUAAUACAAGUCCCAAGACCUUUUUGAAAUAUAUGACUGAUGGUAUGCUCUUACGUGAAGCUAUGUCUGAUCCCAAAUUAAGCAGAUACUCCGCUAUUAUUCUCGAUGAAGCUCACGAACGUACUUUGAACACUGAUAUUUUAAUGGGUCUUUUAAAAGAGAUUUGUCGCAAGAGACGUGAUUUACAAGUUGUUGUCAUGUCUGCUACUUUGGAUGCUGGCAAAUUCCAAAAAUACUUUGACAAUGCUCCACUAUUGACUGUACCUGGUAGGACUUUCCCUGUUGAAAUCUUUUAUACACCUGAACCUGAACGUGAUUACUUGGAAGCUGCUAUUCGUACUGUAUUACAAGUUCAUGUUAGUGAACCGGAAGGUGAUAUCUUGGUAUUCUUGACUGGUGAAGAAGAAAUCGAACAAGCUUGUCGCAAGAUUGAAGCUGAAGGUGAUGAAUUGAUUCGUAGCCAUGAUGCUGGUCCAUUGAAGGUUGUGCCUCUAUACUCUAGUUUACCUCCUCAAGCUCAGCAACGUAUUUUUGAAGCUGCUCCUCCUGCUCGUAAACAAGGUGGUCGUCCUGGUCGAAAGGUUGUGGUGUCUACUAACAUUGCUGAAACUUCAUUGACUAUUGAUGGUAUUGUUUAUGUGAUUGAUCCUGGAUUUGCUAAACAAAAAGUAUAUAAUCCUCGUAUUCGUGUGGAAUCUCUCUUGGUAUCUCCUAUUUCCAAGGCAUCUGCACAACAACGUGCUGGUCGUGCUGGUCGUACUCGUCCUGGCAAAUCUUUCCGUUUGUACACUGAAUCUGCUUUCAACAAGGAAUUGAUUGAACAAACAUACCCUGAAAUUCUUCGUAGCAAUUUGGGUUCGGUGGUAUUGCAACUUAAGAAACUUGGUAUUGAUGAUUUGGUACAUUUCGACUUCAUGGAUCCUCCUGCUCCUGAAACUUUGAUGCGUGCUCUUGAACUUUUGAAUUAUUUAGGUGCUUUGGAUGAUGAUGGUGAAUUGACUCCUCUUGGUGAUGUUAUGGCAGCCUUCCCUCUUGAUCCUCAACUUUGUAAGAUGUUGAUUGAAAGUCCAAAAUACCGUUGCUCCAAUGAAAUCUUGUCUAUUGCUGCUCUUUUAUCAGUUCCUCAAAUCUUUGUCCGUCCUAAUGAAGCAAGAAAACAAGCUGAUGAAGCAAAAGCCGAAUUUGCUCAUGCUGAUGGUGAUCAUUUGACUUUAUUGAAUGCUUACCAUGCCUACAAACAAAAUGAAGGAGAUCCUAAAUGGUGUUGGAAUCACUUUUUGAAUCAACGAUCUUUGAAAUCAGCUGAUGAUGUACGACGACAAUUACGACGUACCAUGGAAAACAAUGAUUUGGAUCUUGUAUCAACACCAUUUGAAGAUCGAAACUAUUACACCAAUAUUCGACGUGCUUUAGCGGCAGGUUAUUUCAUGCAAGUAGCUCAUUUGGAACGUAGUGGUCAUUAUUUGACAGUGAAAGAUAAUCAAUUAGUACAACUUCAUCCUUCAAGCUGCUUGGAUCACAAACCAGAAUGGGUUCUUUACAACGAAUUUGUACUUACGACUCGUAAUUAUAUUCGAAUCUGUACAGAAAUCAAGAUGGAUUGGCUUGUUGAUAUUGCUCCUCACUACUUUGAUUUAUCCAAUUUCCCCAAUUGUGAAGCUCGACGAAAAUUGGAACGUAUCUUUAAUCGACGUGCAAGAAUUGAAGAAGAAAACAGCAAAAUGAAAAAGCGACGAACUUAGUGACUCCCCAUUUUAUAUAUAUUUUUGUUUUCAUUCUUUAUAGUUUACAUUUUUACAAUUCAUACACUACAUCCGUUCUUUUUUUUUUUUUUUUUAUUAUUCAUCUUUAUUAG